AACAUGACACGUAGGGUGGUAGACGUGAGGCAGAUACACUAGCUGCUAUUCCACCAUGUAGCCAUCUUUUAUACUCAAUUGCAAAAUAGACAUGGAUGGUUACAUAGCUAUGAGAGGAAAUCAAUGUAUAAUCAGGAUUGUCCGUUAAAGCAUCCAAAUAAUAUGAAUGGAAGAUUAAUUGCAUUUUUUUUCAAUUGAGCUGAGCAGACCUAAGUGUGAACAGAUUUGGGCUCCCAUGGUUCCAAUUCAAUUCAGCCUAUGAAGGAGAUUCUUCAGUUGGUUUGCCAUACAAUUAACGGUAAUGUUACAACAACUUUUUGGCAUCUUUAAUAUUUCUGCUUUGAUCAAAUUUGGUGAAAAUUGGAGAGGUAUAGCUUGCCCAAUAUUAAUAUGGCGGCUCAUACGCUGAGCUUUGUGAUGACUUCAACCAUGGGUGGUGGAAAUCCACCUAUACUCAAUAAGAGUAAUAUUACAAAUGAUUUAUAAAAUAAAUGUAACUAUUAUUAACUAACAGAUGAAAAAAAAAUACUUUUAAAAAAGUUGUUAUAAGCAGCACCGGUGACCUAGUGCUGAGUGUUUAUGCCUCACAAUCGAGUGGCUGAAUCUCAGUUCCGGCUCUCCACUUUGGUGUGUGCAUGUUCUCCCAGUGUCCCUUUGUUGACUUUGUGUUAGAGUCUUAUAGGCAUUAAUAAACAUAUUUUCAGAAGACUUUUUUUUUUUAACUGUCCAUAUGUAACACCUUUUAUCCAUAUUUCCCUUCAUUGCUCACUUAUUCACCACCCAUUUGUUGUCAGCUGGGAUAGGUUCCAUUUCCCCCACAAUGAGAAUUGACAAUUUAGAAAAUGGAUGGAUGAAGUCUUGUUGUACACUUCAACGAUUAUUUUUGUGAAUGCCCUAUACGUGAGCAGCUUAAACCACAAGAAUGUUAAAGGAGUGGACACAAAUUCACAGCAAAGGAGGGCUGCAGUAACAUGAGACAUGAGGCAGCAGCAGCCCAUUAUAUAACAAACAAGGUAACUCAGGACAAACAAAACAUUUACUUCUAUUAAGUCACACUUAUCUCUCCCUAGUUAAGGUAAUCAAAGUGUCAAAUUAGAUGAUUUUUCACCAUGACAAAAUGUGCUCCUCCAACCUUGUAACGUUGACUGCCUUUCUAACUUGCACACGGUUGCUAGGCAACAUACACACAGUCCUGUAGCACUGGGAGCGUCUCACCUGACAGAGGCAGCUCAAGAGCAGCAGAGCAUUUGCUCUCCGUGAACGCCAACACGAGAAUUCGGCCUCCAUGGGUCACGGCCGCACCUUCGCACAGCCCGAUGGAACCGCUCGCUAUGCGUUGUUAAAGGCAAGCAGAGUUCACCAGCACAAGAUUGGGACAUGUCAGAAAGUUCUUCAGGUGUGAACACUCUCAGCGACAGCCUCCCCAAAUCCCAUUUGUCCCACUACUCCAAGCUCGGUGUGGCACACUUGCCUGCCUCCGUGCACCGGAGUCCUGAUUCUGGACUUGGAUCGACGCCUCUUCCAUCCAGUCGCUUCCGGUUUGCCUCGUGGCAUCACCUGCCGCAGUGUGACCUCACCGGAGAUCAGCUGACCUGCCCAAGGGUCCGAGAAGGGCCAUCUGAUGAGGACCUCUUUCAAAGAGAGGCAGAUUCAGCCUGCGUGGAGAGAUGGAGGAGGAAGAGGAGGAAAGAGGAGGAGGCACAGAGUUGGGAAGAGAGGAGACAAGAGAAUUGGGAAAACUGUCUGGAGCUAAAUCUUUCCUACCAGGAUUUAGGGGACGCUUUUCAGCAAGAAAACUUCCUCCGCAUCCUCCGCAGGUUGAUCCGUGUGCAGAAACUACAGCUUGUCAACAACUCUCUCAGCAACCUGAGUUCUGUCUGUCUGCCAAGGUGCAGGAUAUUAAAUCUGCACCAGAACCAUCUAGUGUCUUUACACCAGUUGCCAAAACUUCCGGCCGUGGAGCAACUUUGCUUGUCCGAGAAUGCCAUCAGCUCCCUGGCAGGAUUGGAUGUAUUGAGCAACAGUCCUCUGCGAUCCCUAAACUUGACCCUCAAUCCAGUGACCUUCAGUCAGGACUACCGUGCAUGUGUGUUCUCCUGCUUGCCAAACCUGGAGAUCCUGGACGGAGUCCCGAUGCUGCCAGCAGACCAUCUCCACAAUGGACUACACUUCCCACGAAUCACAAGGAUGUGCAACAUUUUGUGACAUUUUCCAUGGAUGAAUAUGUACUGUGUUGACUCACAUCUACUGACUCACAGCAGAAGAAAAACAAAAUUACCUUAAGUGCCAUAAUAUUGCCAAAAUCACGUACCCAAAAUACAGUUUGUUGGAGAUUCAUCCAUAUAUGGUCAAGUCUUGUUUAAAGUGUGUCAAACUGUAAAUAUACUGUUGUGUCCCCUCUGCACAGGAAUUUUUCAUUCAUCCAUGCAUUUUCUAUACUGCUUGUCCUCAUUAUGGUUGUGGGUAAGUGGAAAAAUUUCCAGAUGACUUAGGGUGAGAGUAGGUACACUUUGCGUGGGGGAACACAAACAAUCAUUCAUACCACACUGGAAUUAAUUUAUCCAUAUCUGCUCUAUUAUAAUAAUUACAACAUAACGCUUACCUGUUAAUUCACCAAACCUAUAUGAGUACAUCAGAAUCAGAAUCAUCUUUAUUUGCCAAGUAUGUCCAAAAACACACAAGGAAUUUGUUUCCGGUAGUUGGAGCCGCUAGAGUACGACAACAGACAGUCAAUUGACAGAGAACACUUUG